AGGAGGGACGGUUCCCAUGCCCUUCCAAGCUUCGGCAGGGGAGAGUUCUUGGAAGAUGAGAAGUUGGGCUUGUCUUGUUUUCAAGUGCAAAUAUUUCCCCCAUUCUCCCCUUUGGAGAACCGGAGAAGAGUCCCUAAACCAUCAACUUUCGAGACGCUCCCUCACUCUAGGGUUCAAAGAGUGAGGCGUGCAGUCUAAGGACUAUAUUUCCCAGAACGCAUUGAAUCUGACCUGGAAGUUUUAAUUCUGCUCUCUCGCCAGGAGAUUUCUCUACAGAAAACGCACAAGUGUAUAUUACUGGCCACAGCACCUGCCUUCUUGCCUUGGUGGGAGUCAUUUUUCAGAAAUAGCGACUUCUUGAGGCCCCGGGACGAAUUCCCAGGCUUCGAGAAGCGGAAGAGUAGCGCUCCGGGUCAGAAGGCGGAGGUCAAGGGCCGAAUUGGCGGGAGAAUGAGUUUGUGAUCCAAGAUCUGAGGCUGCGGUGGCUCUUCGAGGUUCAUUGUCCCUGGUGAGGGGCGUUGGAGGGUUCUUGAUGGGGAAGGACUAACAUGAGGAUUCAUUCUCUUCUGGAAGCCUACGGGACCAAAACAGGCACUGCCAAACUGGUGACAGAAGAAAUCUCAGGAGAAAGCAUUUUUGCCUUGUACUUGGGACAGCUGAUAAGCCCACCAUGGCUCCUGUGAAGAUCAGCCACGUGGUAUCUUAUUCCUCUCAGGAUCCCAAGUAUCCUGUGGAGAACUUGCUGAACCCAGACAGUCAGAAGGGACCCUGGCUCAGCUGCCCUCAGGACAAGAGUGGGCAACUGAAAGCAGAACUACAGCUGGAAAGGGCAGUGCCCAUUAGCUACAUCGAUGUGGGUAACUGUGGCUGUGCUUUCCUGCAAAUUGAUGUGGGCCGUUCUUCCUGGUCCCUGGACAGACCUUUUGUCACCUUGCUCCCUGCAACCAUGCUAAUGUCCCUAGCUGAUUCAAAGCAGGGAAAAAACCGCUCGGGGGUCCGCAUGUUUAAAGAUGAUGAUUUCCUGGCUCCAGCUUCAGGUGAGUCAUGGGAUCGACUUCGCCUAACCUGCUCCCAACCCUUCACACGUUAUCAAUCCUUCGGCCUGGCCUUCCUGCGUGUGCGUUCCUCUCUGGACUCCCCAGAUGACCCUGUGAUAGAUCCCUCAGCCCCUGUGAACUCUGGGCUGAGCCAGGGCCCUUCUGAUACUCCUGAGUCUGGUCCCAGCCCCUGGAUGGCUAAUCCUUCCAUCCGGAGGACAUUCUUCCCAGAUCCCCAAACGAGUACCAAAGAAAUUUCAGAGCUUAGGAAUAUCCUAAAGCAGCUGCAGCCAGGGACUUUGGGGCGUUCAGCCUGCAUGGUGCUUUCCGCUGCCCGCAGGGUGCCUCCAGCCAGCGUGACAAGCCCAAAAAACAACCCUGCAGAACCAGGUCCCAGUCAUCCAGACAGCACAGAGCCCAGACUAGAGGAGCAAAAGUCAGAGAAUGAUGUGGGCAGGACAAAGAGACGGAAAAUACAAGCCCGCAGGCCUUUAUCAAACUCCAACUCUCGGCCAAACAGGAGGGGGAUAGCAAAAGCAGAGCGGAGAGGACACCAGCAACCCCAGGCCCGAAGCAGUGGUGACCGGGAUAGUGGAGAGUGCCCCAUUUGUGCAGGCUCCUUCAGCAUUGAGAUUCUUCCCCAGCACGCUGCCACUUGUGGAGAGACCUCCCCAUGUCACCCAGCCUCUUCCUCCUCAUCACCAUCUUCAUCACCAUCAGUACUGUGGGUACUUCAUUGUGUGGCACUAACACCAGUUCCUCUAGUCUCCAGGUCUCACCCUCUCCACUCCUUCAUCCAGUCACAGCCUAGCUGGAUUGAGAUCGUGAACAAAAAGUUGAAGUUCCCACCUCCACUCCUGAGUGCCAUCCAGGAGGGGCGGCUGGGCCUUGUGCAGCAGCUACUGGAGUCAGGGGUCGAGGUUACAGGCGGCAGGCCAGGCCUGCCCCUGUGGAAUGUUGAGGAGGCCAAGGACUGCUCCAGGACUGCUCGCCUGGGCUACGAGGCCAUCACUGAUGUGCUGUUGGCCAGUGUCAAGUUUGACUUCCAGAAGAUCCACGAGGCACUGCUAGUGGCAGUGGACACAAACCAGCCAGCAGUGGUGCAUCGCCUGAUGGAACGAGAGAAGGGCCACAAAGUGGACACCAGGUCUUUCUCACUGGCUUUCUUUGGCUCAUCAAUUGAUGGUACCCGCUUUGUACCUGGUGUCGCUCCACUCCCCCUAGCCUGCCAGAAGGACCUGUAUGAGAUAGCGCAGCUGCUCAUGGACCAGGGCCACACCAUCGCCCAGCCCCACUCCGUCUCUUGUGCCUGCCUCGAGUGCAGCAAUGCCUGCCAUUAUGACCUGCUGAAGUUCUCCCUGUCUCGCAUCAACAUUUACCAUGGCAUUGCCAGCAGAGCCUACCUCUCACUGGCUAGUGAGGAUGCCACACUGGCUGCCUUCCAGCUCAGCCAUGAGCUCAGGCACCUUGCACAUAAAGAGCCUGAGUUUAAGCCCAAGUACGUUGCCCUGGAGUCACUGAGCCAGGACUACAGCUUUGAGCUGCUGGGCAUGUGCCAGGACCAGAGUAAGGUCACCGUGGUGCUCAAUGACCUGGGCAAAGACAGCGAUACUGAGCCUGAGGCUGAGGGCCUGGCCCAGGCCUUUGAGGAAGGUGUCCCCAACCUGGCGAGGCUGAGACUGGCCAUCAACUACAACCAGAAGCGGUUCAUGUUCAUCCUCAUGAUCAUCCUGAUCGCCUUCCUCUGUGGCCUCAACAACAUCUAUGUGCCCUACCGGGAGACAGAGCGGCUGGGCAAUUUUAACGAGACGUUCCACUUUCUGUUCUGGAUCAUGUUUGGCAUGGAGGAGCACAGUGUGGUAGACAUGCCUCAGUUUCUGGUGUCUGAAUUCAUGGGCCAGGCCCUCUAUGGCAUCUUUACCAUCGUCAUAGUCAUCGUGCUGCUCAACAUGCUCAUUGCCAUGAUCACCAAUUCCUUCCAGAAGAUUGAGGCCGAUGCUGAUGUGGAAUGGAAGUUUGCUCCCUCCGAGCUCUACCUGUGCUAUUUCCGAGAGGGCCUGAUGCUUCCUGUGCCCUUCAGCACCUUGCCCUCCUCCAAGCACCACUACCCCAGCUCCUGCCUCCAUUUCCUUAGACUCCGUCCUCUGACUAACCUCUUCCCAUCAUUUCAAUCUCUCAGGAAGAUUUUCUGGUUCAUUUGCUGUUGCUGCUCCUUCUGCAAAACCAAGAAGCCAGACUAUCCUCCAGUCCUCACCUUUGCCAAUCCUGUGGCAGGGGCAGGGCCUGGGGAGGGAGAGCCUGGAUCUUAUCGCCUUUGAGUUAUCAAGGCCCUGGUACAGCAUUACUUAGAGACUGCCCUGAGGAGACUGACAAAAUUGACCAAGACAGUCUCUCAACUACGAAGCAAAGUAGCUGGUAUGCAGCGGACUCUGGCAGAAGGAGGGCCGCCCCGGCCGCCCGAUGGUGCCAGCAUCCUCAUCUGCUGUAUCACCAGAGUGUGCAACAGCUUCCAGAACCUGGGGCCCCCAUCUGUGAGACCCCAGAGCUGA